CUCGCCGCCUCCACCCAGAAAGCCUCCACCCAGCAGCGUUUCUGGGUUCUGUAGGGUCACCUCACCACCUCCGAGUCUCCGACCUCGCCUCCUCCACCCAGAAAGUCUCCCACCCAGCCACCGAUUCAAGUGCAUAUGGAGCCCGAGCAAUCUAUUCAGUUUGACGUCAGUUCAAGUGAGAAUAUGGGCGACACUGGAUUGCCUCCAGUUCCUAUUCCAAAUGAAUCAACAAGCAUCAGAUCUCCGACUGCUUUGCCUCCUGUGCCAGCUCCUCAACGAAACACAAGGAAGCUUGUUAGUAGAGGCCGAGCGAAAAGGCGGGCUGUUGAAGAAGCUCCCGUUGAUGACUCUGCUGAAACUGAGACCGACGAAGGUAAGAGAAAACCUUUUAGACCUAGGUCUUGGACAUGGGAUCACUUUACUAAAGAUGAAACUAGUAAUCCACAGUAUCCUAGAGCUAAAUGUAAUUGGUGUGGGGCUAGUUAUGCAUGUGAUACACAUAAAAAUGGCACUAGUAACAUGAAAAAUCACUUGUUGUCGCAAUGCAAAAAACAUAUAUAUAUAUAUAUAUAUAAAUCAUCUAGCAAAAUUUUCAUAGCUUACAACAAGAUUGAUCCACAUUUUUAUAAGAUACCUUAUAAAUUUUUUAUGCUUGCAUUGUGA